GAGAGAAAACACAGCAAUACUGGCUAACUGACAGAGACAUGAACGAAACAGAGUAUCCAAUGACAAAAGUGAACUAGUUGGCUUCAUUUCCUUGGCUAUCCUUUUCUCUUCUCUUCACCAAGGUCCCCAUCAUCCUCCCAUCUCUCUAUCUCUCUCUCUCCCUCACACGCACACAUAGAGAUUAGAGAGAAGAAGCAUAUGGUAUUUUCUUUAAUGGCCCUUACCUUUCACCUUUAUAUAUAUAUAUAUAUAUGAACUUGUCAUGAACUGAGAGUUGGUGGGCUGUUCUUUGUACUCGAAGCCGAUUACAAAUCUUCUAUUAUUAGUUUAACAAAUCUCAGCAGCUACUACUACAACAAUAAACCUGGAGUGGAAGAAAGGGAAAGUGAACCCAAUAGUGAGUAGCCUAAGGGAAAGGUUGAGGCUGAAACCCAUGCCGUUGAAUAUGGUUCAUGAUGCUGAUGGACUGCCAAGGAUUCUUUUGACUGACCCUACUGGCUCUUCUGCUGAGGUGCUUUUGUAUGGCGGGCAGGUUGUUUCAUGGAAGAAUGAACGAAGAGAGGAACUACUUUUUAUGAGCAGCAAGCAGGCAAUUUGGAAGCCACCAAAAGCCAUCGGGGGAGGCAUUCCUGUCUGCUUUCAACAGUUAGGGAAUCUUGGUUCAUUGGAGCGACAUGGGUUUGCAAGGAACAAAUUGUGGUCAUUGGACAAUGACCCUUCACCUCUGCCUCCAACAAACAAUCAGUCAUCAGUGGAUCUGAUAUUGAAGUCCACAGAAGAGGAUCUGAAAACCUGGCCUAAAAGCUUUGAGCUGCGGCUUCGUAUCACUCUCAGUGCUAGCAAGCUCACUUUGAUAUCUCGUGUGAGAAAUACAGAUAACAGGCCCUUCUCCUUCACUUUUGCACUGCGUAACUACUUAUCUGUAUCAGAUAUCAGCGAAGUGCGUGUCGAGGGAUUGGAGACACUUGAUUACUUAGAUAAUCUAAUGCACAAAGAAAGGUUCACUGAGCAGGCAGAUGCGAUUACCUUUGAUGGCGAGGUUGACAGGGUAUAUUUGAGCACCCCCUCAAAGAUUGCCAUCAUAGAUCAUGAAAAAAAGAGAACCUUUGUACUGCGGAAAGAUGGGAUGCCAGAUGCAGUUAUGUGGAAUCCUUGGGACAGAAAGGCCAAGGCUCUCCCAGAUAUGGGGGAUGAAGACUACAAAAGCAUGUUGUGCGUGGAUUCAGCUUCUAUUGAAACCCCAAUUGCCUUGAAACCUUUUGAGGAGUGGAAGGGCUACCAAGAACUCUCUACUGUGUCAUCAAGUUAUUGCAGUGGUCAAUUGGAUCCUCGAAGGGUUCUAUAUGGCUUUCACUGAUCUCAUUCAUGGGCUAAGUGAAGGUUUCUUGUUAGCAAUGUCAACUGUUUUAUUUAAUGUACAAUAUGGAUGCUCUUGCUUUUCUGUAUAUUGCCCCUCGUGUCUUUUAGGAUAUAUCUAGAGUGAGAUUAAACAAACUGCUAUGGUGGCUUAUCAUUUUGGGAUCACACUGUCACAUUAUUGAGCAACAAGAUAUUUUUAUGUUGCCUAAGUGUGAUGAGGUGAUGUGCCUUUCUAGUAAUUUCCAUGUAAGAUAUAGUUAAAUUUAAGAGUGGGUGAUGCCAUGGUUGUGAUACAGAAA